AUUUGCGGAACAACAUCCUGGAUUCGUCUGGGGAUCUCUUGCGAGCUACGUGGUCGUACGGCCUCGGGACCGUCCCUCCUGGGCUGACAACUUACGCCACGAAUUGCAUAGAGCGGCAUUGGCGCACCACCAAGGGCCUUUUCGAUGAAGGGUAUUCGCAGCAGGACGCAGCGAAACUAGUGAAGGAAGCCUGCUCCAUCGUCGCCUCGCGCAUCUCUUGUGGGAAGUAUGACGGCCUCGUCGGCGCCGUGACCAAGCCGCCACCGUGCAUCUUCGACUGGGGGGCCAAGAAGAAGGUCAGCGGCCGCGGGGAGGCGAACGACGACCCGGCAAUUCUCAGUGACGCCCAGGCGAGGCGUUUGGACGUCAAGAGGAUCUUGGCGCAUUAUCGCGAGCAUGGCGAGCAGGGGACUCUCGUCCGGAAGACAUGCAGCGUGAUCCUGCCAACGGGCCACGUUGCCAAGGAGGCGUUCAUCAUGCCCAAGUACACGCUGUCAUUUGCACUGGACCGCCCGCACGACAUGGCCGCAGCCAUGCAGCUCGCAUUGGCCAGCUCCACAGAUGAGGUGUACGAGGCGUGCAAGGACCCAGAGACGGGGGUUUACGACUUCCUCAGACACAUGGCGUUGAGACGUUCCUACGUGUCCGUUUUCGCAGUAGACCACCAAGGCGCCCUUUUGCUAUUCGAUGGCCACAAACACUUCGUAGCAGAAGGCGGGUUCACAGAGCACACGGAGUUCGUGCGAGGCCGCCUCUCGGACGGAUGGCUCGCCCCACUGAAGGACGAGGCCAAAGGGGGGAAAAAGGCGCCAGGCCGGAGGCGCCCCGCGCCCAAGCGUUCCUUGGAGCUCCAGGCGAUGCUUCGGGCGCCAGACGAGCCGCCCGAGCCGACAAUGACGGAGAGAUCGAGGGCCGAUGGCGCGCGCGGCGAUGCCCCUGCGCCUGGCGUCGUCGAUGAGGCGGAGGCCCCUACUUCGGUGCCCUGCGGGCCGUCCCACGGCGAGCGCCCGCCCGAUCCGCCCGAAGGGUUGCGACCAGACGAUGGGGUUUGCAUCGCUCGAACUGGGCGCGGCUGGCGUUGCGAGCGGCCCAAGAAACACGGUGACUAUUGCGCGCAGCGCGCGAAGCAGGUCACGACGGCUGGCUACCGGCACGACUUGGCCAAAGGGCUAAAGCGCGCCUUCCUCGACGCGGCCCGGUCCUUCCGUCUGAGACAGGCUGCCGAGGAGAAGGCGCAACUAAAGGUCGCCAUCCAGAGGUCUCUACAAGAUGGAGAGGCCGCGCGGCAGAGGCAGGAGCGCAGCCUGGAAAUCUUAGCGCCGCGGCUUCGAGAAAGAGGGUUGGUCCGCUUAGAGACGGAACCUCUGGGCAACUGCCAAUUUCUCGCAGUGGCGCGGAGCGCCGGCUUGGCAUACUCCCACGAGAGCUUGAGAGAGCAAGCCUGCGAUUACAUGUCGACGCUGAAGGACAUGUUCAUGGGCUUCGCAGGCGUGGACGACCUCGACUACGACGCCUACGUCGCGGACAUGCGCAAGGACGGCACGUGGGGUGACGAGCUCACCCUCACGGCGCUCGCGCACCUUCUCAUGCGCCCCAUCUUCGUGAUCAGCGACACGACGGACCCCGCGUACGUGCUGGAGGCGCUCCCGCCGGCAGCG